AUGAAAGAAUUGUAUUUAUUAGUUGUUGUUUCUGUAGGUGUAAUGGCCGGCAAAUACUCUCGGGAGUUGAAUGAGCCUAAGAACGUCGAUGGCGUUAAUGAUGAACAGACUGUCGAAUUCAGAAUAUCGAAGUUGAACCAGAUUUGGAACAAAGCCUUACGGAUGCAGCUGUCUCCUGUGAAACAAGCUGAGCUGCACAGUGACCUGAAAAUCCAGGAGAAGGCUGAACUCCAAUGGAAGAAAUGGAAGGUUGAAGGCCUAGAUGAAAAUGGAGAGAAAGAGGCCCAAAUCCGCCGUAACUUCAAUGUGAUCCUGGCCAAAUAUGGGAUGGAUGGCAAACGAGACACAAGACCUCUAGAGAGCAACUCACUGAAGGACCAUGAUGUCAAAGAUGGUGACAUUUUUGAAGAUCCUAAGCUGGACAAACUAUGGAACAAGGCAAAAACCUCCGGGAAAUUUUCUGAGGAUGAGCUGCUGAGCCUAAAGAGAGAGUUUCAGCACCAUAAGGACAAGAUCCAUGAAUACAACAUCCUGAUGGAAACUGUGAGCAGAACUGAGGAGAUCCACAAAAAUGUAAUCUCCCCCCUGGAGGGCGACGGAAAAGAGCAAGAGGUGCAACAGAAGCACACGGAGCUCAAGCAGAAGAUGAGAGACCUCAACCAAGGCUUCGAUCGCCUCCGUAAAAUCAGCCACGAGGGCUUCAGCGAGGACAGCGAAUUCCGGGAGCCUCGUGUGAUCGAACUGUGGGAGGCUGCUAAGAGAGCCAACCUCAGUGAUGAUGAGCUGGACUCUCUCAAGGAGGAGCUGCAUCACUUUGAGACAAAGGUGGAGAAGCACAACCACUACCAGGAGCAGCUGGAGCUUUCCCACCAGAAGCUGCAACAUGUGGAAUCUUUUGGAGACAAACAACACAUACAGAGGAACAAGGAUAAGUACAACAACCUGGCUGAGAAGACCAGAGAGAUGGGCUACAAGAUGAAGAAACACAUGCAGGAUUUGCACAACAAGAUCUCUGGUCAGGGUCUGAGCCACAAUGAGCUAUGA